AUGUCACACCUGAACGACGGAGAUGCAACAUACAGAAACCAACAUUGUUUCAACAGUCAUCCUCAACAUAAGCUUUUUUUGGAGAUCCUUACCUCUUUGGUCAAGAACAGGCUGUGCAGGUAUGACUGGGUCGACUAUGCACCACCUGAGUCUGUCCUUAGAGUGCUCAUCUGUCUACGAUUGCUUGUAAGAGAACCACUUUAUCAGAGAGUUUUUCAUCAACUCCAAGGUGUUGAUCUUCUCGCAAGGUACAUGGAGUCGGUGUGCAGCAGUUAUCUGGGGUGUGGAGAGCAGACAUUUGUCAUGGAGAAGUUGGUCACCAUGACGUAUAUGUUUCAGAAACUGUCUGCAGUGGAGGACCAAAGGCAGUGGGUUAUUGAGAGUGGCGCUCAUAAGACCCUGGUAAAGCUCCUAUCAACACGUGACAGCAGUGUAUUACUAGGUGCCCUCCUAGCACUCACCUCAUUGGCUGAGAGUUCAGAAUGCAAGAAGAAGAUAGGAGAGUUGUCAAUCGUGGAGAAUCUUCUUGUUAUACUACAAGAUUAUGACUUACUGUCCAAAAGGAUGAGUGCAGAGUUGCUGCGGCUGCUUUCCCCGGUGCGGCAGGUGCGGGAGCAGGUGAGGGAGUGCGAGGGACUGCCGGUGCUGCUCAGCCUGCUGCACGGGGAGCACCUGAAGCUGCUGUGGAGCGUAGUGUGGGUCCUGGUCCAGCUGUGUGAGGAGCCAGACACCAGCGCCGAGAUACGCACCUGGGGAGGGGUGCAACAGCUGCUCCACAUCCUCAACAGUGAGCGGGCGUACUUUUCGGACCGCUCCUCUAUCGAGGCCCUCUGCAGCGCCAAUGCAGCGGGACGCAUCCAGAGACAGCACGUCAGUGAGGAGCUCAGUCCACAGGAGGAUGUGGACGACAACAUGUCUCUACAGUCAGCAUGCUGUGCGGCUCUGACUGAGCUCGUUUUGGAUGACACCACUGCACAUCAGGUGGUUCAGGAGAAUGGGGUCUAUGUAAUUGCGAAAUUGGUUCUGCCACAAAGCUUUCUCAAUGGACCAAAAGCAAUAUCCCUACAGUGCUAUGCAUUUCGGACCCUACGUUUCCUCUUCAGCAUGGAAUGUAACCGGCAUCUGUUUAAAAGGCUCUUUCCUACAGAUUUAUUUGAGCUGUUCAUUGAUGUUGGACAUUAUGUGAGAGACAUCACUGUCUAUGAAGCACUUCAAGCAAAAGUUUCUCUCUACACUCAGGAGGAAUUGGACAGCCUGAGGGAGAAUAUUGAGACUGUCGACCAGAACCGCCCUCCUCUGAGAGUGAUCAAUGGCUACUCCAUACUGGACCAUCUAGGCACUGGGGCCUUCGGCAGUGUGUUCAAGGUGAGGAAACAGAGUGGUCAGAACCUUCUGGCUCUGAAGGAAGUGAAUCUCCACAACCCUGCCUUUGGUAAAGAUAAGAAGUCCAGAGACAGCAACGUGGAGAAGAUAGUGUCUGAGCUCACCAUCAUUAAGGAACAGAUGACCCAUCCAAAUGUUGUGAAAUAUUACAAGACAUUCUUGAAAGGUGACAGGCUGUACAUUGUCAUGGAGUUGAUAGAAGGUGUUCCCCUCUGGGACCAUUUCAACUCUCUAAAAGAGAAGGAGCAGCAAUUCACAGAGGAGAGACUUUGGAACAUAUUCAUCCAGAUGUGUCUGGCUUUAAGGUACCUGCACAAGGAGAAGAGGAUCGUCCACCGAGACCUCACUCCUAAUAACGUCAUGCUGGGAGAGAGGGACAAAGUCACUAUCACUGACUUUGGGCUGGCUAAACAGAAACAGGAGAACAGCAAGCUAACAUCAGUGGUUGGGACCAUACUGUACUCCUGUCCAGAGAUAGUGAAGAGUGAGCCGUAUGGGGAGAAGGCUGAUGUCUGGGCUAGCGGAUGUAUCCUCUACCAGAUGGCCACACUGAGGCCUCCAUUCUACAGCAGCAACAUGCUCUCCCUCGCCACCAAGAUUGUGGAGGCAGUCUAUGAACCAGUGGAGGAAGGCAUUUUCUCAGAGAGAGUCACAGACAUGAUUAAAUGGUGCCUGACAACUGACGCAGACUUGCGUCCAGACAUCGUGGAAGUCAGCUCCAAGAUCUCUGACAUCAUGAUGAGGUUCAUGGACAGUUUGUAUACUUCCCAGAAUGCUUUGGAGAGGAGGGCGGAGCGAGACAGGAAACGAGCACAGAAGUACUUCCUGGAGAGCCAUCGGGGCAGGGUCAGCUGCUGCCACUCCUCUAAAGACCAGGAGAAAACCACUAAUAAUGGCUCAGAUAAAGAUCUAGAUCCCUUUCAUACCCACAUCUCCACUGUCUCGGGGUAUAAAGACGCUGUGUCAGCAGGAAUCUGUGUGUCUCAGAGGAAGGUUCGGCAGAUCGAUGAUCCCGUCCAAAGACUCCUGGUACAACUGCAUAAAAUCAUUUACAUCACUCAGCUUCCCCCAGCUCUUCAGCACAGUGUCAAACGGCGGGCGAUUGAGAGAUUCAAAAAGUCCCUGUUCUACUACGAAAGCAGUCCCUACAAUCUCAAGGUGGAGCUUAACAAGCUGCUCCAGGGGUCUCCAGAGCUAAUGGAGUCAGGCUCUGCCAGCUCAGACUGGUGGUCUCUGGUCCAGUCUUUUGGAGGAGACCAUCUAGGUGCUGCCAAGCAAGCAGGGUUGGGUGAUAUGGAAAAUGGGGAUCUCAAGGAGGGAAUCAGCUAUGAGCAGAUGCAGGCCAUUAUAGAGGAGGUUCUGGAGGAGAAUGGAUACUACAACGCAAUGAGGAUUGACCAGGGUGCAACAGGGACAAACAAGUGACCUUCAUCCUUAUAAAUCAUAUAUUUAUUAGCAUGCU